AUGGGUCACACCGAGUACUACGAAUUCCUGGGCGUUGGUGCGGGCGCCGGCGAUGAAGAGAUAAAGAAAGCGUACCGGCGUCUCGCCCUGCAGCACCACCCGGACAAGAACGGUGAUCCGGAGAAGUUCAAGAAGUUGACCGAUGUGUACGACGUGCUCAAAGAUCCCGCUAAGCGGCGGGUGUACGACCAGCACGGUCCAGACGCCGCCAGACAGGGUCAGGGUCGUGGCCAACAACAACCUUUUCCUCCCGGAUUCUCGGUAGAGGAGGUGUUUGGUUCCAUGUUUGGGGGAUUCCAGGGAUUCCAGGGAUUCCAAGGAGGGUUCAAAGGAUUUCACCAGACUGGUCCGGCCACCGCGGCGGAUGCCGGCAAGAGGAAAGCGAAGCCUGUCAAACACACCGUAUUCCUAUCGAUGGAAGAGUUGUACAGGGGAAAGACACUCCGUGUCGCCGUGCAGAGAGCGAUUAUGUGUCCGAAGUGUGUUGGCGAAGGGGGAAAGGAAAUCAGCGAGAGACCGUGUGUUGCUUGCGCCGGCAAAGGCUUUUCAGUGACCUCGCAUGGCAGCGUGUUCCGCAGCUCGAUCAGGUGCCAGGCAUGUGACGCGACGGGAAAGCUCAGAAAGAUCGGUGAUCCGUGCAGCGCAUGCAAAUCUACGGGGAUGAGCACCGAGAGGGUCAUGCUGGAGCCCGUGGUAAACCCCGGAGAUCGGCCGAACAUGUCUUACGUUUUCCGCGGAAAGGGGGAUUACAGCAGCGUCAAGGGCUCUUUGCCGGGGGACGUAGUGAUAACCACUGCUCAAAGGCCAUCCAGCGCUUUCACGAGAAAGGGCCAUGACCUGCACACGGUCAUGCACAUAUCCCUCAAAGAGUCUCUGACGGGCUUCACCAAAAGCGUGAAACAUCUCGACGACAGGAUGAUCGAGAUUUCCGUGCCGAACGGCAAAGUGACCCCCCCGGAGACAGUCGUGUGUGUAAAGAACGAAGGCAUCCCCGCCAAAAAGGGGGCGCUGUUCGUUACGAUCAAAGUCAAAUUCCCUUCGCACUUUUCGUCAAGCUCGACCGAGAUGCUCGACAUUCUCCCCGAAUUUUAA